CCCACAUCAUAUGGCCGAACGCCCGGAUUAUCCGCAUGACGGGGAAAUGCCUGGGGCAACUGGCACCCGUGUAAACCAUCCUGAAAAUGAGGGGUGAGAAAUGUCAUUCACGGUUUGGUAGGGCAGUGCGCAAAGGGUGUUCAAGAGAUGUCAGCCGAUUCCCUUUGAUAAACAUACAUUAGCCUCUAGCUUUUCAAAAUGAUAUGGCUGAGUGAGUGACUCACAUACAAAACGAACACUAAUGCCAUAGUGUUCAACUGAAAAUGAAGAGCAGUAGUUCAGAGCUACUCCUCGAUGAGCAAGAGGAACUACGGAGACAGAAAAUCAAGGAACUUGCGGCGGCGAAAAAAUCUAAGGUAGUACCCCCCACAGGCAGAUCAUGUCGAGAACAAGCCCUUUUCUACUCGACCAGCGUGCUGGCAGUGAUCUCCAUGGCAGCUGGUUCUUCUCUACUCUUCCUGGUGCCACUAUACGUUGAUCCAGCUAUUUCGACCUUGGUCUCAAACUUCGUCACGGAGCCGGUCACCUGCAUCACAACUCGUCGCGAGGAACUCAUCGGAUUGAACAACUGCUCUUGGAGUUCUUGCAGGGAAGGCUGUACAAGUGAUGCCUACCAUUGCACACACAUCUACGUCAGUUACAAUGAUAGUAAGGAGGAGCCGUACAACCAAACAGAUGACGCUGUCCUGCUGGUAAACAUCAAAGGGUGCGGGUAUCCCCCCAGCGUCCUUUGCGCCAAUUUCACAGAGACCUACGGAAUCGAAGGGACCGAAUUCCCUUGCUACCAUUCCAGAGAAAACCGUACCGUUGUAUUAGCCCACUACGAGAGAGACGAACACGUAGCCAUAAUCAUCCAUUAUUUUGCGGUACCAUUUGUGAUCACUUUGGCCACGUCAGUGGCCCUUUGUGUGAUGCACUGUGACUGCAGGUGUCACCCUACAACACACCAUAAACGGUCUAGGAGGGCUAGGAUACAUGAUCUCAGCGAUGGGUCUAUAAGUAUCGGGGUGGAUAUGAGACACAAUGCAAGCUAUCAUUCUGAUCUGGUAGCCAUUAGGCCCACGUAAUUGCGUGAUGAAAGAUAUGGUGUAAAUAUAGCUCUUCAUUAUGAAUGUUGACGAUAGAGUCAGGGAGCAACCUCCAAAAUCAGAUACGUACUUGAUACUUUUUUUCAAAUACGACCAGUCUGGGUCUUUCAAAGAUGUCACCUCACUAUGAGAAGCGCAAUGGAAAAAAUGACGUGACGGGAUUUUCAAAGUCGACUCUCAGUAUUGGAAUCUCGAAAACUUGCUUCCAAAACACAGUACUGUACCUCGAUGAACAAGAAGACUCCUAGCGCUCAUCCGGUUUCGAUAGAAGGUCGGGCUCUACCAAAGAGCCGUUCAUUUCAGCUGGUCGGUGUCCAGAUCACCGACAAUAGCGGCAGCUGCUGGGAAAGAACUAGGCUAAGUUGAGGAAUGGAAGAUAUUUUUCACAAAAAAAUGAAUUUAAGAUUGUUUGCCUUCAUUUCUAAUAGGCUAUGUUAAAAAGUGACAUAACCAUUGCUAAAACUAACCCUUUAGCUCAUCUCAGAAAAAAAAUCACAGCCCUAAACCUAAUGGUUUAGUUGUAAUUGCGAUUUAAAGUUCAUUAUCCCGUUUUUUCGAAAUUCCACAAAAUUGCAAAUAUGUCCUGAACUAUAAAAUUUCAGGCCACACAUACAGGGGUCGAUUCGAUAGGUUUUGAGGCUGUUGAUCCACCACUAACUUUACACCCAGUAUUAUCCAUGCUCGAUGCUGUUUAGAGUAGGGCUAUCCGACUGCUUGAUGACUCUUCUCUAGCGGACAGACUCGGGACCCUUUCGCACCAAUGGCCCGUCGGAGCUCUCCUUCAUGAUGCCGCCCCGCGAUGAGCCUGCCAGACAGACCUGCCUGACUUCAGCCUCCCAUCCUAACCGUGUCGUACUACGUAAAUCCAGAACUGGCCGAUACGAUCGCUCCUUUGUCCCUACGGCACCGAGAUUGUGGAACAAUCUACAUGAAGAGGCUGAUCCCAGUUCUACUAAACUUGGGCAGUUCAAAAAUCGGAUUAACAAAGUUUAGGCUUCUGCCUGUGCGACUGCUUCGGUGUAAAAAAAUUAAAUAGUAUCUAAGAAGGCUGCACUUUCCAGAGUUUUUCCAGAGCCCGACAGGACUCAUAUCAUGUUGAUAAAUUUUUCAGCCAACCUCUUAUUAACACAUUCAAAACGACAGAUGUUUCUCAUUUGUUCGUUCAUUUAAUCAGUAAAAGGAUGCUAAGUUUUGAAUGACGAAAUAUGGAUAUCAAUAUCUGACUGUUGCCCUACGUCACUACAGAUUUCGCACUUUGCAAACUAUUGGCUACAAUCUGUAGUACGAGUAUUUCAGAAAGCAAAUAUUUAGACUUAGAUAAGGAUUAGCCGUAUUAAUUUAGAAGUUACUUGUGAACAGGAAACAACAUACGCGUAUCAAAAAAUUAUAUACGAGUAUUUUGGUGUACUUUAUCCCUCUUGCUAAGACAAACGCACCAUAUUUUAGUUCUAUCUUUAGACGUAUCUGACUUUGAAAGAUGCUCCUAAAUGUUGAAUAUGAUAGGUAUUGUUCGGAGUGUCUCAUUAAUAAUAUUCUAACGUCUCAUCAAAACGAAAAGUUUUUUUUUUGUAUUUUGAUAAUCCCUUGUUAGCUCAAAUCACGUCAUGUUACUUUUUCAAGCGAACAAUGUUCGAAGAUCUGAAAAUUAUUAACUCUAUAUUUUGUAUCAGUGACGUCAACGAACACUUUAAAACUUUAGUGGCACUGCAUCUAGGUUUUUUGAUCGGCAAGGGCGGGAAGGCAAAAUAUCAUCAAAUAUACAUCAAAAUUUAACUAGCAUCGGACAGGGUAAAAAAUAACAAGCAACCAUGCAAGUUAACAAUAAUAAAUGUAGAGUCUGAUGCACUUUUGUUAAUGAAAUAAUUUUAUAGUGAGACAGUUUAGUUUUCAUAACUAUAAAAAUUAUGUGUUAGUAUUAGAUAACGCUAGUUAAUUAUUAUUUGAGUCUUGGUGCUAAGAUUUUUUUGAUUGCUCAUCGCUACAGGGCUUAUUUUGAAGGCCUAAGGACUGGAUCAAAACUUACGGCUAAUACUAAUGUAGAAUAAUUAUCUACAGAGCAACAUGCAUUGUUAUUAUAAAACUGUAGUAGAUAAAUAGGUCCUGCAUCGUUAGCACAUGUUUUUCAGAAAAAUAUAUUGACUUUGAUCCUCCAUAACCAAUAGAAAAUAUAUUUUGAAGCGGAUAAUAUAUUAGGAGGAUUUGUUUUAAGACUGAAGAAACAUUAUUUAUUUAUGUUAUGUUGAAAUUUACUCGCAUCGUUUUGUUUGUGUAUAAAUUUUAUUGUAUUUGUGUUUAUCAUUUCUAUGAAUGUAUAUCCUGCUGUCGUAAGCGAAAAUUCAGUGAGUUUGGAAUAGAACAGAACAACUAGAAUGGUUUUGAGCUAAAAAAAAAAAUCUUGAUGAAACGGGUUUAUUAGUUUUGACUAUCCAUUAUCCACAGGCCUAAGAGCUACCCGAUAUAACUGUUUUACUGAAUUUUCGCUUCAAAGGCUGCAAAUGUUUUUUUUAUUUUUUAAUAAACGGUCUUGCAUACUGAAUGGGCCAACUGUUCUCAUGUUUUUUUGUAUUUCCCUUCUGCUUCUCACGUACAAAUGGGUGAAAUACGACUGCAUUUUUGAAUGCGAACUAAAAUAAUUUUCAACGUCAAAAUUCACUAAUUUCAGCGGAUUUUCAGAAUAAAACGAAAUGUUUUUAUGUGGAUGCUGUAUCAAACCGAUUUUCAUAUUUAAGAAAUGACCUUACAAAAAUUUCUCAAG